AAUAAACAACACUCACAAAAUUAAAUUAAUCGGAUAAACACGGCUCUCUCUUCUUCUUCUUCAUCAUCAUUUCUUAAUCAAAGUUUCUAUAAUUUGUUUGAAUCAAAUUCAAAGCAGAGAAAGAAGAAGAGGAGAUCAUGAAUCCAGAUUCCGAUUACCCUCAUCUCCCAAACAUCAAGAUCCACCACCCUUCAUCUCCUCGUCACUCUCCCCACCACUCUUCCUCUACUCCUUCCGCCGCUACUCCCACCCCAACCGCCGGUGCUCGCCGUAAGAUCGGUGUCGCCGUUGACCUCUCCGAAGAAAGCGCCUUCGCCGUUCGCUGGGCCGUUGACCAUUACAUCCGUCCCGGUGACGCCGUCGUCAUUCUCCACGUCUCUCCAACCUCCGUUCUCUUCGGCGCCGAUUGGGGACCUCUCCCUCUCCAAACCUCUCCUCCUCCUCCUCCUCCUCCUUCCGCCGUCGAUCCCUUAGCUCAGGCGAAACCUAGCCAAGAAGAUUUCGACGCUUUCACAUCUUCGAAAGUAGCGGAUCUAGCGAAGCCGUUGAAAGAAGCUGGGUUCCCUCAUAAGAUCCAUAUAGUGAAAGAUCACGAUAUGAGAGAGAGGCUUUGUUUAGAGACUGAGAGGCUUAACCUUAGUGCUGUGAUUAUGGGAAGCAGAGGUUUUGGUGCUGAGAAGAAGGGAAGUGAUGGGAAGCUUGGCUCUGUUAGUGAUUAUUGUGUUCACCAUUGUGUUUGUCCUGUUGUUGUGGUUAGAUACCCUGAUGAUCGUGAUGGUCCUUCUCCUCCUGGGAACGUUGGUGGUACUAGGGAAGCUAUUGUCACUGUUAAAUCACGUAGGGAUGAUGAUGAUGAAGAUGAUGACGCUAAGACUUCUGAUGCUGCUGCUGAUCAUCAUGAACACAUCAAAGAUGAGUAAUGCGCCUUAGUAUAUCGUCGGAUUCACCCUCUUCACAGCCAGGUACGAGGAUGGAUGAAACAAAGCUGAUUUGUGCAGAGGAGUGCGUUUGUGUGUAUGUUUGUGCCAUCUUUUGCAAUCAUGAAAAGUCUCUGGAACCUCCUCUGGAUUAUUUAUUCUGAGUCCUUCUUCUUAUAAUUUAUCCAUGUAUGAUUUUCACAUUUAAACUAUGAAAGAGUUGGUAUCGCAGUUGAACUCUUACAGAUUAUGAUCUUUAUCCUCAAUCUAAUUUGA